CGCGUCCGCUGUUCCUGCGUCACAACUGACGCCAAAAUUGCCCCCAUCAUCUAGGGUUUUAUCACCAACAAAGACGAGGGUUUUAGCCCUCCACUCCGAUUUCAAACUCCAUCACCAAUGAAGAAGAAGAAUCACAGGCCUGAAGCCCAAUUCCGCCAUGAUCUCGAUACCUGCUCAAAGAACAAAGAUCUCAACGGCGCCCUCGAUCUCUAUCAAUCCGCCCUCUCUUCGAACUUCAAUCUCUCCUCGUACCACUACAACACUCUCUUGCAUCUCUGCUCCUCUUCGAUCGAAACCCUAGAUCCAUCUUCAAAGCAAUCAAAGAUUGGUUCAAGUUUCGAAAUUUUCAACCGCAUGAUCGAGAGCGGUAUAGUGCCAAACGAAGCGACGAUCACGACGAUGGCUAGGAUUGCGGUUCAGAAAUCGGAAGGCGGCGGGGAUCUCGCUUUCGAUCUGGUGAAAACGAUGAAGGGUAAGUACGGGGCUGUUCCGAGAUUGAGAACAUUUGGACCUGCGAUUUUUAGUUUUUGCAAUGGAUUGGAAGCUGAGAAGGCGUACGAAGUUGAGAAUCAUAUGAUUUCGAUGGGGGUUUCGGCUGAAGAAUCGGAGAUUGCUGCAUUGUUGAAAGUGAGCGCGAAGAAAGGGAAAGGGGAGAAAGUUUAUGAGUAUUUGUUGAAGUUGAGGAAUUGUGCAGGGAGUGUGAAUUCUUCAACCGCUGAAAUUUUAGAAAAUUGGUUUACAAGUGAUAUUGCAGUGGAGUUUGGGGCCGAAGAAUGGGAUUUGAUGAGAAUAAGAGAUGUAAUUUCGAUGAAUGGAGGAGGAUGGCAUGGAUUGGGAUGGUUAGGGAAAGGGAGAUGGGACGUGAAGAGAGGGAAUGUUAGCUCAAAUGGGGAGUGUUCUUGUUGCAGGCAGAGAUUGGCUUGUGUGGAUGUUGAGGAGAAGGAAGCAGAGAAAUUUGUGGAGUCAGUGGCAAGUUUGGCUAUGGAAAGGGAAACAAAGUCUAAUUUCAAGAUUUUUCAGGAAUGGUUGGAGAAACGUGCUGAUUAUGGAGCUAUAGUUGAUGGAGCAAAUAUCGCAUUAUAUCAACAAAACUUUGCGGAUGGUGGAUUCAGCUUGUCCCAGCUGGACGCUGUUGUAAGAGAACUUUAUAAAAGAAACCAGAGUAAAUGGCCGCUUGUUAUACUUCACAACAAGCGUUACCGAGCACUCAUGGAAAACCCUUCCAAUAGGCAGCUGCUUGACACCUGGAGAGCUGAAGGAGCACUAUAUACAACCCCAAAUGGAUCAAAUGAUGAUUGGUAUUGGUUGUAUGCAGCAGUUAAGCUGAAAUGUUUGCUUGUGACAAAUGAUGAAAUGAGAGAUCAUAUAUUUGAGAUCCUAGGCAGGAGCUUCUUCCCCAAGUGGAAAGAUCGACAUCAGGUUCGGUAUACAUUCGCUAAAGGUAAUUUCAGACUGACAAUGCCACCCCCGUACUCUAUAGUUAUUCAGGAGUCUGAGACAGGAUCAUGGCAUGUGCCGGUAGAAAACCGAUGCAGUGAUGAGAGCACCAGGGAUUGGCUUUGUAUAACUAGACCAGAGUCGCACAAUAGUGGCAAAUCAACCCAUGCAAAAGCAGAAGAGAUGCAUGAUGCAGAGAAAUUUACAGCUGAGAAUGUGAAUGGUGUGAAGAAAUCAUCCUCAGAGCUGCAAAGUGGUGUAGUUAUACCUUUAACAGGGAAAAGGAAAGAGAGAUCUCCAUCACCUUCAAAGCCACCAGCUGGCUGAGAUUUUUUUUUAAAUUUAUUUAUCUCCUAUGUUGUAACCGUAAUGUUCUGGAUGAUUUUAGCAUAUGUCCUGAAACUAGAAUUCAGAUGGAGGAAAGAGGUCUCGUCACAUAUGUUCCUUUGGUGGCGUGAGUUCUCUUUUGGGCGAAUAUUCUGGUCAUAAGUUGUAGUUCAUGCUAGUAGGUCAGAGAUAAUACCAGACUAAAUAAAUUUUGAAAUAAAAUUUGCUUGUCAUUUUUGUGAUGUUC